AUGGACCACCAGCCUUCUUCAUCUAGCCGACCCAUCAAGAGAGAACAACCCAGCACCCCCGGAGGAUCGAUCCUCGUCAGCAGCCGCAGUCCCUCCCCAGCUCCUCGCUCGACCAAACGAUCCCGCGACCGUCUCUUUACCGCUCUGCAACUCGGUAAUCCCUUGAUCCGAGGCCCACGCACCAUCACCACAGCCGACCACCUCGACGAGCUGGAGUUGAAGCGAUGCUUUGAGAUACUGCACGCCUGCGGUGCGGCGACUGAUCCGAAUGCCACGCUCAUGUCGACGAGGGAUACUAUGGAGGGGUUUCUUGAUGCUGUGUUUAAAGAGUGGACGGGGAACUUUGAGGAUGAGCUCCCGAAACCGACCAUGGACUUUGUCGUUCGCGAGUUUGUCAGUGUUGGCAAUAUCUGCGGCAAACCGGCGAAUCACAGCACCUCCAAGUCCUGCGCCGACUCACACGCAUGCACCACCCCCGUCUUCCUAGUCGCAACAUACCGUAGCAGACCAGCCCAACUAGAAGCAGGCUUCUGCAUCGACGAACCGCCCCGCAACCCAAACGACCAAGUUGAAGACCUCUUCUGCCCCAUGGAGCGAACAGACAUUCGCUGGGAAGUCGGCGACUGGCUGGGGGUCCUCAAGAUCGAAAUGAGCCGGGCUUGCACGGCCAAGAUACACAAGUACAACAAGCAUCUGGCGGUGUGGUAUGCGAGGAGUUUGGUUAGGGGUUGGGCUUUGGGGAGCGUUUCUAUGGGGAAGGAUAGGGAGGUUCUUGGGUUUUUGGGAAGGGAGUCUGUUGAUGCGGUGUUUGCCAUGAUGGGGAACUGA